AUGCGCCCCGACAAACCACGCGACCCCGUCGCCGGCCCGGACAAUGGUCCGGAACCUCCGUUCCCUGUCCGUCUUUCGGGGCCAGUUAUUAAGGGGUUUGGACGGGGGAGUAAGGAUCUAGGAAUCCCGACAGCGAAUAUCCCCGCCGACGACCUCUCGGAGAAAUACCCCGACCUCCAGACGGGCGUGUACUACGGCGUUGUCGCGAUUGCCCCGUUGGAAGCGCAGGGGAAUGGUCCUCAAGAAGGCGGGGAUUGGAAUACGAUUCUCCCUGCUGUCCUAAGUAUCGGGUAUAACCCCUUCUAUAAGAAUACCGUGCGCUCGGUGGAAAUCCACGUAAUGCCCCCAACAACAAAACCCUCUCCAACAGCCACCGCACAACCAAAAUUCAACCGACUGCCCGAUUUCUACGGGACGAAGCUCAAUCUCCUGAUUCUCGGAUAUAUCCGACCGGAAUAUGACUAUGUCUCGAUGGAUGCGCUGAUUGAGGAUAUUCGGGUUGAUUGUGAGGUUGCCAGGCAGUCUCUUUUGCGUGAGGCGUAUUUGAGGUAUCUUGUUGAUGAUGGGACGGCGGUGGAGGGUGUUAAUGAGUCGAGGGAGUGGUUGGUUUCGUUUUAG